AUGUCGAUCCUGGAAGAGCCAUCACAGAGCAGCUGGGAUCUCCAAGCACAUCGCAUAGCCAUCCCGGCUCAUGCAGGGCCUAGUCAGUUCGCUUCCACGUCCACCCAACAGCAGCCAGCCGACACCAUCGACGACGAAGGCGGCUUCUUCUACCUUUCCAACUUCAUCACCGAGGACGAGGAGCGUUUCCUCACCGAAGCCAUCCUCUCAGCGCCCAAGCCCAAGUGGAAGUUCCUCCAGAACAGAAGGCUGCAAGAAUGGGGCGGUCAGAUGCUCACCAAGAACAACACGCUGAUGCCCCAACCCAUGCCGGACUUUUUCACGAGCUAUCCGGACCUCAUCAGCCGCCUUCGCAGCACGGGAGCUUUCGACGCAUCGAAACACGGCGAGCCGAACCAUUGCCUGGUCAACGAGUAUCUUGCCGGUCAAGGUAUCAUGCCGCAUGAGGAUGGGCCGGCCUACUUCCCGGCUGUCGCGACCAUCAGCUUGGGAUCGCACACGCUCCUCGACGUUUACAGAUACGUGGACGAGGAUUUGCAGAAGGACUUUGAAGAGCGGAUGAAGGAGCACGACGAGAAGGCCGCAAAGGACGGAGUUGCGUCAAGCGGAGAGGAGAAAGGGGCGCAGGACUCGACAUCGUCCAAGAUCGUGCCGAAGGAGAGGAUCGAAGGCAACGUCAAGAUUGUGCGUGGAGCCAGAGCGAGAGAGCCGAACCCGGUGUUCUCCAUCUUGCAAGAGCCACGGUCCUUGCUGAUCACAACAGGGCGCGUCUACAAGUCGUACCUGCACGGGAUCGCCGAGCGUGAAGUUGACAAUGCAGCACAGCUGGUCCAGGUAGCAAACGCGAACCUGCUCGACGACUCACAGCUGCGGAGCAUGGUGGGAAAGGCGAAGGCAAAGUUGGAUGCUGGUGCUGCCGAGACGCAGCAGAACGGCAAGGUCGAGGAAGCGAGUCUACCACGAGACACCCGGCUCAGUCUCACUUUCAGGGACGUUGAGAAAGUGAGCAAAGGUGUUGCUGCAAUGAUGGCCUACUUGCAGGGCGGCAAAAAGUAG